CCCUGGGACGUCAAUUUGUAAUUCGUCGACUGUAUCAGUCUGUAGUUUACGUGCAUAUACUACACAAAGCAUCUCACAAAUAUUCCGUGCCGUGUGGCGUACAGUACAAUGGCGAUUAUUUUUCAUAAACAACUGGCCUCCGUUAUGGAGGUGCUAACCGCUGCCGCAAUAUCAGAAAUAAGCAAACUUGUAGAUGAUGGUUAUGCGGUUUUACAUUUGGAAAUGUCGCAGUGUGUGAAAGAGAACGAAGCUCUGAAGAGAAAAUUGCAGACGAUGGAGCUGCGGGUUUCACGAGCGCGUCGAGAGAGAACAGAGAGCUCUACACAUUCUCGCCGUUUAGAGGUGCAAGUUUGCCCUGAAUCCAGAAGAACUAAAGGUAUUUCUUCAGUUUCAGACAGUUGUUUUCAGACUUUUGGGGAGCAGGUGGCUGGCUGUCCGCACACAGGUGGACGGACCACACCUGUACCUGACGAUAUCGCUCCUGAGCAACCUGCAAUUUCAUCACCCCAGUGUGCAGACAUGCAGGAGGGAAGGACUGAAUGGGUUCUUAUAAAGGAGGAGAGUGUGGAAGAGGACAGAGACCCACAGGGAGAGAUGAACUCCAGGGAGGAGAUCUUCCCUCCAGGAGCUGUGGAGUGGAGGGCAGGCAGCAGGGAAAAGCGUCCCGUUCAGGAAACGCAGAGUAAAGCAGCGAAUCACACAGAGGAGCUCACUGAGCAGCACAGGACCAGACGCGGUGUUUGGGAGGUCAGUGGACUGGAAUCUGCUCUCAAAGCAGAGGGACAGAGCGAGUGUGUGGAGACGCUCCAACACGGAGGAGCUGAACACAGGGCAGGAGGACUCAACAGUCUGGACUCUGAGUUUGUCAUGUUUGAAAGGCCAGGCCAACUGGGGUCUUACUGUACACAAGGGGGCGCUGUCGCAGAGACGGAGGAUCCGUGCUGCUCUUACUCUGCAGACACAGCAGCACAGGGCCUGUUUCACUCAGAGCUGCAGUUCAGCCCUACAAAUGAUGACACUGGUCAUAGCAGUCUAUCGUUGGAUUCCCAUGACGUGAAACCAGUGGUACCGGCAGACACUAUGUCCGUUAAAAUGGAAGCAGACAGUCUUCCCGCCUGGAGCAGGAAGCCCGUGUCGGAGAUGGUGUGCACGGAGCACAGGCACCACGCUGAGGCUGGGGGGCGGCAGGCAGGGCGAGCUGGUCCUGUCUUCACAUCGCGUCUGCCGCCCCAUGAAACGGCACCGCAGUCCAGUCCGGAAGGUGCGAGCGGGACCGCGCUCUACGGGAAGCAGAGCGCCGCACCGAAAGCCUUCCGGCCUCACCGCAAGGUCUGCACGAGAAAGAGGAAGUUCAUCUGCAAAUGUUGCGGGAAGGGUUUCCCCCGUGCGAAGGAACUGGAGAUCCACCAGAGAGUGCACACGGGGGAGAAACCGUUCGGCUGCACGCACUGUGGAAAGCGCUUCACCCAGAAGUGUAACCUUAAAACGCACCUGAGCGUUCACACCGGGGAGAAACCCUUCCGUUGCCUGCAGUGCGGAAAGCGGUUUGUCCAGUCGGGUUAUCUGAAGGCACACCAGAGGGUCCACACGGGAGAGAAACCCUUCAGCUGCACCAAAUGCGGGAAGAGGUUUGGCCAGUCGUCUUACCUGAGAUCCCAUCAGAGUGUCCACACCGGGGAGAAACCGUACAGCUGCGCACAUUGUGGGAAGUGUUUCACUCGCUCCUGUCACCUGAAGAGGCACCAGAGUGUUCAUGUGCUUGGGAACUGCACCGACCUGAACUUGUUUUGACGAAGCUUUGCUCUGUAAGUCAUUCAGGAUGAAGGCAUGUGCUAGACAAACGAAGCAGAGGUAACAGUGUUAGCUCCAUCGUGUGAGGAAAUUAAAGUUUUAUAAGUGGUUUCUAUAAUGGUGCAUCGCCAGGACAGAGCCCAAUGACUUGGCAAAGGAAGCAAAUCUUUUUCUUUCUUUUUCUUGUAAAACAAACCAUCACCCCAUAAAACACAUGCUAAUAACUCAUGCUGGACAGAAACACUCUUCUCCUUUAACUCUGGGGAAUUGUAUGCAGGCUGGGCCACCUAGAUCAGAUUUUACACAACAAAGGUUUGGUGCCAAAGCAUUUUUUGUUCCCCUGCUGCCCUCAUUAAAUAGUUGAAAGUGACUCACUGUAGGUUCUGUUGCAUGCACAUUAUUUCUUCCAGCUUCACAGCGGAAGCUAAUAAUUGAAGCAGUACCACGCUGCAGUUCUCUUCAUCGUGAGGAAUCACCAAACCUAUGACAGGUUUUCGGGGACUAUUUUACUAGGAUUUUUCUUUUUGCCUUCGGUAUCCUAUUUCCUAUGAAGGAAAAAUAAUUAUUGCCUUAGUCGUUCCAAAUAAACAUUUUCUGAAUUGAUACAGAUGGAUCAGUCGAUUAGUUACUUAAAGCACAAGAAGAUAAGUGGGCUUCAAGCAAAAGAAGGUUUGUUUCUCACAUGGCUCCAUGUCUGUGAAAAA